ACCGGAAGCGAGCGGUGCGGGGCGCGGCGGGCGCGGGAGCCAGGCCACCCGGCGGAGGCCCCGGCGGCGGCAGGACCCUUCCCGAUGCCCAGGCACUCCCGGUCGCCUCCGCAGGUCUCAGGAGGAGCGUUGUGAGCAGUCCCAUCUCCAGGAGGAAAGAUGUGGAAGGCCUCCGCAGGCCACGCCGUGGCCCUGGUGCCAGACGACGGGGCAGCUGACGACUGGGAGACCGACCCCGACUUUGUGAACGACGUCAGUGAGAAGGAGCAGCGAUGGGGCGCCAAGACCGUGCAGGGGUCGGGACACCAGGAGCACAUCAACAUACACAAGCUGAGGGAGAAUGUCUUUCAAGAGCACCAGACUCUGAAGGAGAAGGAGCUGCAGACGGGACCAAGAGCCUCCCGUGGCUAUGGAGGGAAGUUCGGCGUGGAGCAGGACAGGAUGGAUAAAUCAGCCGUUGGCCAUGAGUAUCAGUCGAAGCUCUCCAAGCACUGUUCGCAAGUGGACUCGGUCCGGGGCUUUGGAGGCAAGUUUGGAGUCCAGAUGGACAGAGUUGAUCAGUCUGCUGUCGGCUUUGAAUACCAGGGCAAGACCGAGAAGCACGCCUCCCAGAAAGACUACUCAAGUGGUUUCGGUGGCAAAUACGGCGUGCAGGCUGACCGUGUGGACAAGAGUGCCGUGGGCUUCGACUACCAGGGCAAGACGGAGAAGCACGAGUCCCAGAAAGAUUACUCCAAAGGCUUUGGCGGCAAAUACGGAAUCGACAGGGACAAAGUGGACAAGAGUGCAGUGGGCUUCGAGUACCAAGGCAAGACGGAGAAGCACGAGUCCCAGAAAGACUACACCAAGGGGUUCGGAGGCAAGUUCGGCGUGCAGACGGACAGACAAGACAAGUGUGCCCUUGGCUGGGACCACCAGGAGAAAGCGCAGCUGCAUGAAUCCCAGAAAGACUACUCCAAAGGAUUCGGCGGGAAGUACGGCGUGCAGAAGGACCGCAUGGACAAGAACGCGUCCACCUUUGAAGAUGUCCCACAAGUGUCCUCUGCCUACCAGAAGACCGUCCCUGUCGAGGCUGUGACCAGCAGAACCAGCAACAUCAGAGCCAACUUUGAAAACCUGGCCAAGGAGCGGGAGCAGGAGGACAGGCGGAAGGCGGACGCAGAGCGAGCCCAGCGCUUGGCCAGGGAGAGGCAGGAGCAGGAGGAGGCCAGGAGGAGGCUGGAGGAGCAAGCCCGAGCCCAAAGGCAGACACCCCCGGCGUCCCCCGCCCCGCCGCCAGCUGAGGAGGGGCCACCCUCCAGCCCCGUGUACGAGGACGCGGCCCCCUUCAAGGCGGAGCCGAGCCACAGAGGCCCCACGGGUGAGAGCGGGCCUGAGGUUGUGUACAGCACCGAGGCUGCAGACUACCAGGAGGUCGGCGGCCAGCAGGGCCUGGCCUACACCCCAGAGGCCGCCUACGACUCCACAGAGGCCCCCGGCCACUACCAAGCAGAGGACAGUGCCUACGCCGAGUACGAGAACGACCUGGGCAUCACGGCCACCGCCCUCUACGACUACCAGGCUGCGGGUGAUGACGAGAUCUCCUUCGACCCCGAUGACCUCAUCACCAACAUCGAGAUGAUCGACGACGGCUGGUGGCGUGGGGUGUGCAAGGGCAGGUACGGGCUCUUCCCUGCCAACUACGUGGAGCUGCGGCCCUAGGCGACCCGGCGCCAGCACUCCAGGCUCACGCGGCACGUCGCCUUCUCGGGUUUGGGUUCGGGCUUUGUAUCUCAUUUCUUUUGUUUUGUUCCUGACGGUCAGAGGGGAAUAUACAUAUUACGUUUAUAUUUAAUACUUUGCCUGAUGCUUUUGGAAAUGUUUAUGCCACAGAAAUUGCUGAUGUACGGUGAUCAUGUUACUGAGGGAGGUGGGCGGCUCUUGUCUGCCAGGCUUCUCGCCAAGUCAGCUGCCCUGGGCAGCAACCUCGGCUGUGGUCCUCAUGGCUCGGGCCUGUGAGACCAGCAGGAGCCUCUGGCCCUGCGGUGGCUGCCCAGUGGGACAGGAGCAGGAGCAGGUGCGGGGCUGGUGGUCCCAGGGGCCUUCUGAGCUACCUGCUGUUCACCUGUGUGCGCCCCUGGCAGCUCAGUCCCCAGAGGGCUGUGGGCCUCACUCCUGCCCCACCACAAAGUGUCCCUGGGUCCUUUGCUUCUUUCCUGAGAUGUGGCCCACAGCCAGCUCUGGUCAUGGUGACCAGGCUCAGUCCCAGCUGUCACUAGAUGGCCUCGCAGCCCUGUGAGCCUGGGUGUGGCCUCUGCCUGUGGCCAGGCGGCCCCUCAGCUGCGGCAAGGCCCACAGAGCGGCUGCCCCUGAGGGGAGUGUGCUGCUCUUGCCAACAUGUCCCGUUCAGUUAUGGCCAGGUGCAACCCACUGACUUGGCUAGAAACCAGCCUGGCGAGGAGCUGUGUCCCUGCCCCGGUGCCCGUGGCAGCUGUCCUUGGAGCUGCUGCCCAGCCUGCCUGGCGCUCACGUGGGGCAGCAGGAGCUGGGCCAGUCUGGUGGCAUGCACGGUCCCGCAGACAGACCGCGGAAGGCCCGGCUCUUGGGGGCGCCUCUGGCCACGGCUCCUGGUUCCGGAGGUGUCUGCCUGGUCCUGGCCGUUCAGCUCUGAGCCCGGGUUUGUGUGCAGCUUGCUGUAUCUGGAUCCUGUAGCGCGCCUCGUAGGUAUGGUGUUCUAAACUGCGUAUGCGGAAUAAACUUUUCUGAUUCAUCUG